AUGGCUUCAACUUUAAAUAAUUAUAAUGAUUUAUGUCCGGAUUGGACGCAGAGAGAAGUCAGCACAGGGACCACCAUCAUGGCGGUGGAGUUUGACGGUGGAGUUGUGAUGGGCGCAGACUCCCGUACCACCACUGGGGCUUAUAUCGCCAACCGGGUGACUGAUAAACUCACACCAAUCCACGACCGCAUCUUCUGCUGCCGCUCUGGCUCAGCGGCCGACACACAGGCCAUCGCUGACGCUGUCACCUAUCAGCUGGGCUUCCACAGCAUUGAGCUGGAUGAAGCUCCUCUGGUCCAGACCGCAGCCAGUCUGUUUCGGGACAUGUGUUACCGCUACAGGGAGGAGCUGAUGGCCGGCAUCAUCGUGGCCGGGUGGGACAGACGAAGAGGAGGACAGGUGUACACGGUGCCAGUGGGAGGGAUGUUGACCAGGCAGCCGGUGUCGGUCGGUGGAUCCGGCAGCAGCUACAUCUAUGGAUAUGUGGAUUCAAACUACAGAAGCGGAAUGAGCAAAGAAGAGUGUCUGAAAUUCACUGCAGGAGCUCUGACUCUGGCCAUGGAGCGGGACGGCUCCAGCGGUGGAGUGGUCCGACUGGCGGUGAUCUCUGAACAGGGGGUGGAGAGGCAGGCCAUCCUCGGGAACCAGUUACCACAGUUCUCCACCGUCUGA